AUGAUCACAAACACUCCUUCGAGAUCUUCCUCCCUGAUAUUCUUAGUACUCAACUUGGCACUCCUGGUCCUCGGCCAAGGCACACAAUUCAUCACUGGUCCCUGCACGAGCGAUGCUGAUUGCGCCUCCAGCUGCUGUGGCUUCAACAGCGGCCUGUGUGCCGGCCCGGUCAUAGCCCAGACACGCGACGGGGGAUGUGGCUUCGGUGAUGCACAGCCCAACGACAUCGCAGCCCAAGCCUUCUUCAGCUCCCAGUCAGCUGCAGCAGCGGGUGCCACUUCGCCUGCAACUGCGGCCCCUGCCCCAGCGGCCACCACCACCGCCGCUGCUGCUGCCUCGGGUAACAACGGCAACGUUGGUACUGGGACGCAAUUCAUCACUGGGCCUUGUACGAGUGACGCAGACUGUGCCUCUGGAUGUUGCGGUUUCAACACGGGUCUGUGUGCGGGUGCCAUUGUUGCCCAGGAGCGAGAUGGCGGAUGUGGAUUUGGCAACGCUCAGCCCAAUGACAACGCCGCACAACUCCUUCGUGGAGAACAACCCACCUCGGCUGCUACUUCUGCACCAGCUCCAGCGAGUACUGCCUCGACCUCUUCGGGCACUGGUACUGGAGCCGGUAGCAGCACGUCUGGCUCUUCUUCCUCCGGGUCAGGAACCAGUGGCUCGGAACCACCCAUCGAUACCACCAUUCCGGGAUCGGAAAACGUGGGCAAAGCCAACGGCUCGCAGUUCAUCACAGGUCAAUGUUUCAGCGAUGCAGACUGUGCUUCAGGAUGCUGUGGAUUCAACACUGGAAAAUGUGCUGGAGCAAUUAUUGCGCAGACUAGAGACGGAGGGUGUGGGUUUGGAGAUGCCCAGCCCAAUGACACCGCGGCCAAGGCGUUGGAAGGGGGAGCAAAGAAGAGGAGAGGCAUUAGCGCUGUGAGGGAAUACAUGGCAUGA